GAAAUCUUGGGCGCCGAUCGAUAUAUUGUAUUCUCAAGCAAAAAAGAGGCAUUUUUACGACGGGAAACUCGCUGGGUCGUCCCCACAUCUUUCGCGUCAACCAGGCGCGUCUCUCGUGAGGCUUGGCCGCAGGUGAAUAACACUCAGGGCGGAAAGACGUGAUAGAAAUGGCCACCCAUACCGAAUCCUUCUCCGAUCCAGCAGCAAUGGAUGUCGACGAUGCGUCUGAGCAGCUGGCAGCGUCGACACCGCCAACCAGUGUAGGAGACGACAGUAGUAGCACGCACGAGCACGCGUUCGGCGGCGGCGGCCGUGCAAGACGUUCGCGGGCCACGAUCAACUACAACGUUAAGGAGCUGUUUGACGCGCAAACUGCACAGGAGGUCAGCGGAGCCACCGCCAGCAAAUCUCGCAAAGCCUCGGGGCUCUCCGGCCGGACACUCGUGAACCACCGCGUCGACACAGAGCUCGACGUUUUCGACAACGGAGACAUGAACAUGGAGCUGGACGACGAGAUGGAGGAGAAUAUAGUGGCAGUAUCGCCGAAAGUCACGGGAAAGGCCGCUGCCACGAGGGUGGAAAGGCGGCCCAGCGUGCUCGGCCGGGCGAAGAAAGCGGCCUCUGUGCUCGGCAAGCGUACGCGCGACGUCUACGAGGCCGGGAAGAAGAGGCUCGCUGCGAUGGAGGAGCCGGCUGAGCAGAAGCAGCGCAAGCUGCUGAAGGAGCUUGACACGGGUCCAGGCGGCAUCCUGGACGACAUCGACCUCGACGUUUCUACGCCUGCUCCCACUCCCGCACCCGCACCCGCAACCGCGCCUGCUUCACGUCCAUCGAAGCGCACGAAACCCUCGGCGGAACCUCCGACGACAAGACCCUCAAAAGCCGCUCGAAUGGAGCUCGCCCCUUCUCACGUUGCCAACCCCAUGCAGCAGACCUCGGGCGGCCUGUCCGUCAAGAAGUGGCAGACGGGGGGCCUGUACGUCGGCCAGGAGCCCGAGGCUGACCUCUCCCAGCCGCCAAAGAAGAGGAAGCUGCAAAAGAGCCGUGCGACGGCUCCAGCACCUGCUGGGCCUGGCGAGAACGAUGCAAAGCCGAAGACCAACCAUCUCGGCUUCGGGUUGCCAAUGUUCAGCUACCUGGACAGAGAACGGUCCUUCACCAUACCAUACGACAUCUUCGCGCCGAACAUGGACCCCGCAAUGGCCGAGAAGCCGCCCAAAUUCACGCUUGUUACUAACAAUCGUGCAAUCGGCGAUGCAAAGGCCUUCUGGAAGAACAAGAAUCAGGAUUACGUCUCAUAUUGCACCUGCUUGCCAGAGACGGGAUGUGACGAAAGCUGCCUGAACGCUGUCAUGGGAUACGAGUGUGAUGAGUCGAACUGCAGACUUGAGCCGGACAACUGCAGCAACAGGCCUUUCUCCGAGCUCGAGAGGCGUCGUACGAAGGGCGGCCGCUACGACAUCGGCGUGGAGGUUGUCAAAACAAAGAACCGUGGGCAUGGCGUUCGCGCAGCCCGACCAUUCCAGCCCGGCCAGCUCAUCAUGGAGUACACCGGCGAGAUCAUUACUGAAGAUGAAUGCCAAGAGAGAAUGGCGACAACCUAUCUGAACGCGACUAACUACUUCGUGAUGGAGAUGGAGAAUGGUCUCAUCCUGGACGGAAACAAAGGCAGCGAGGCUCGCUUCAUCAAUCAUUCCUGCGACCCCAACUGUGAAGUCAAGAUGACGAGAGUCGGGCAAGUCUCACGACUUGGCGUCUAUGCCGGACCAGCAGGCAUCAUGACGGGACAGGAGCUCACCUACGAUUACAACUUCCAGAACUUCAGCGACCACAGGCAGGCGUGCUACUGCGGUGGCCAACACUGUCGAGGCUACCUGGGAAAGCGUCUUCCCGAGAGUGAGAUCAAGAAGCUCAACAAGAAAGAGCAGGCCCGCCUCCGCAAACUGGCCGAAGAGGCGCAACAGCGCGCGCAAGUCGAGGCUGCCAAAAAGCAAGCCCAGAUUGCACGUGGCCCCAGCUGGCGUGGCUGGUGCCUGUGGGAAGAAGCAGAAGCAGAACUUGCCGAGAAGGCGCGCAAACAGCAAGAGGCUGCGCUGACCUCCGACCGCGCCCUUCGCAUGGCUAAGAGAAAGGGAGAAUCGUCUGCCAACCUUCCAGCUGCACCAUCCCCAUCCGUGCCUGCAUCACAGUCCGGUCGCUCCAGUCGCAAGAAGGCUACAUCAGGACGCACGAAGAUCAUUCUAGCCGACCAGAACACAAAGGAUCCCGCUGACGAUGAAGACGAGAGUGACGAAGACCUCAAGACUGAAGUCGUGAAAAACCUCUCACGAUCGGGGCCCAAGCGUUUCCAUCUUCCAGACCGUCGUGAAGUCGACGUCGAGCAUCGUCCAGCCUCGAAGCUUUCAUCGCGACCAAGCUCGCGUCGCCGCGGCACCACCAGCAUCCAUAAAAAGACCACUGUCUCUGUAGAGAAGUCCAUGGAUACUCAGCGCGCCGAUGAGGUUCAGUCUGGAGAGGACACUGGCUCAGACAUCGUUGUUGCUGCCCCUAGCUCUCUUGCCGCCGAACUCACAAGCUCAAACGGUACGAACUUGACCAAAAUUAGCAGCCAAGGCAAGCAGAAACGAAUUACUGGAGGUGCUACCACUGAGGAAGACGAACAAAUUGAUGACGAGCAAGCUGCCAAGACGGACAAGCUACCAAAGCAUUCGCAGAGCAUGCGUGAUAGAGUCAAGCAAGUUCUUUCGAGCGUCAGCAGCGGUAAAAUGAAAAGUCUGAAGCAGAGCACCCUCAACUUCGCUAAGCGUUCUUGAGUUUGCGACAGACGCAACAACGGACGGUUCUCGGGACUCCCGCAAAAGAAGAAGGAGAAGAAGGUGGCAUCCGAGCGUUACGGAAAAAUUGGCGUUUCACACAUACAUGUAGGCCGACACAGCGCUACUAUUCCAGAUGGUCCCCCCACGGGUCCUUUGCACGCUCACAGCGGUUCUGGCAAAAUGUAGCGUUUGCA